AUGGUGCCUUCUAUUACUGCAGUCCCGUCACUCGAGACGGCGCGAGACGUGAUCUCGCAGUCGAGAAAUUCCAAGUUUGCCCCGAACUUGCUGCCGGUGACUGCCUCUAUCACCGCGGAUCUCUUGACCCCUACAUUGGCAUAUCUUAAGCUUGCAGAGAAUUCUCGUUUGUCAUUUUUGUACGAGAGCGCAGCAACUACAGAGACCAUUGGGCGAUACAGUUUUGUUGGUGCAGACCCCCGAAAGGUGAUCAAGACCGGACUAGGCCAUGGCCCCGAGGCUGACCCUCUCCCAUACCUGGAGGAGGAGCUGUCCCAGUUCCGCGUUGCCACUGUCCCUGGCCUCGUUCUCCCUCCUUUGACCGCCGGAGCCAUCGGAUAUGUGGGCUACGAUUGUGUUCGAUACUUCGAGCCGAAGACUGCUCGGCCCAUGAAGGAUGUGUUGGGUGUGCCGGAAUCAUUCUUCAUGCUGUACGACACCAUUGUUGCUUUCGAUCAUUUCUUCCAGGUCGUCAAGGUCAUCACCUAUGUCCCGAUCCCCGACUCGGAUGCCGAUAUCGAGGCCGAAUACCGUAAGGGUGAGGCGAUCAUCAAGAAGACUAUUGAGACCCUCUUGCAGGAUCGCACACCAUUGCCGCCACAGGGUCCCAUCGUCCAGAACCAGGAAUACACCUCCAACAUUGGCCAGGAGGGAUACGAGAAACACGUCAAGACCUUAAAGGCGCACAUCGGCAAGGGCGAUAUCUUCCAGACCGUGCCCUCACAACGGCUGUCGCGGCCCACAUCUCUCCACCCCUUCAACCUUUUCCGUCACCUUCGCACCGUCAACCCCUCCCCUUACUUGUUCUAUAUCAACUGCCAAGACUUCCAGCUCGUGGGAGCUAGCCCCGAGCUUCUUGUGAAGGAAGAGCGUGGCCGAAUCAUCACGCACCCGAUUGCUGGUACCGUAAUGCGCGGUAAGACUCUAGAGGAAGACAACGCGCUGGCCAACGAGCUGCGCAGCAGCUUGAAGGACCGAGCCGAGCACGUCAUGCUGGUGGAUCUGGCACGUAACGACGUGAACCGCGUGUGCGACCCAAGCAGCACCCAAGUCGACCGCCUGAUGGUCGUCGAGAAGUUCUCUCACGUCCAGCAUCUCGUCUCACAGGUAUCCGGUGUCCUGCGCCCCGGCAAGACCCGCUUCGACGCCUUCCGAUCCAUCUUCCCGGCCGGAACUGUUUCCGGUGCGCCUAAGGUGCGCGCUAUGCAGCUGAUUGCCGAGCUCGAGGGCGAGAAGCGUGGUGUGUAUGCCGGUGCCGUUGGAUACUUUGGAUACAACAUUGCCAACAAUGACGGUUCCAGCGAGGUUCCCGGUGCCAUGGAUACCUGUAUUGCGCUGCGCACUAUGAUGGUCAAGGACGGUGUUGCGUACCUGCAGGCUGGUGGUGGUAUCGUCUUCGACUCUGACCCGUACGACGAGUACAUCGAGACGAUUAACAAGCUCGGUGCUAAUGUCGCUUGUAUCCGCGGCGCGGAAGAAAAGUAUCUCAGCAUGGAGAGCAACUAG